CGGAGGUGUGUGUGUUAUUCCACGCUCGCUGACCGGACGUCGUGCCGCUCUCGUGUGUUGCUUCAAACACGGUUUACCGGGACGUGUCUCCGCGAGGAAGCUCCGCGUGCGGACAGAGACAUGUCUCACGAGGCGGGAAACUCUGUGUCGUCGUUGAAAAGCCGCCAUGUUGACGGGUCCGUCUGCUAAGCUGCGGUAACGAGAGAUGCUACCGGAGAGGAACCGGAUGCCUUCCGCUCCACCGUGCGUCCAGAUGUGAGUAACAGUGAUACCUAUCUGAGGGGACGUAAUGGACAAUGGCAAACUGAGCCGUGUGUGUCGGCCUCAGCGGAUCAGUGAAUCGUCCAAGGUUUUCCGCUGUGUGGAUCAGGCUGUGGCGGUGUUGCAGGGCUUCAACGAGCAGCGGCAGCACAGCCAGUUCUGUGAUGUGGUGCUGGUAGCCGAUGACCAGCGGGUCCCUGCUCACCGAGCCCUGCUGGCUGUCUCCAGUCCGUACUUCCAUGCUAUGUUCACGCUGGGCAUGAGGGAGGAACGCCAGGAGGAGGUGGAGCUGGUUGGGAUGUCCUACAUCGGUCUGAACGCUGUAGUGGACUUCCUGUACAGUGGAGAGCUGCCAUUGGAUGGAGGUAACAUUGACUAUGUGCUGGAAGCUGCCCACCUCCUGCAGGUGUGGUGUGUGGUGGAUUUCUGCUGUCAGUACCUGGAGAGGGAGGUGAGUGAGGACAACUACCUGUACCUGCAGGAGCUGGCUCUGCUCUACAGUCUGGAGCGUCUUGACGCAUUCAUUGACCACUUCAUCCUCGCACGCUUCGCCACGCUGUCUUUCACGCCUGAUUUCCUUCGUGACAUUCCUUUACACAAACUCACCUCCUACCUCUCCAGUGGCCAGGUUCAGCACGACAGUGAGCAGGCGCUUCUUCAGGCCACCCUGCAGUGGCUCAGCCAGAGUCCUGAGCGGACCGCCCACGCGAGGCAGCUCCUCUCCCACAUCCGCUUCCCUCUGAUGCCGAUGGGGGACCUAGUGGGCCGGGUGCUCCCAGGCGUGCGGGCCCUGCUGCCGGAGGAAGCCGGCUGCGAGGCUCUGGUGGAGGAAGCUCUGGGGUACCACGCCAGGCCCAGCGCUCAGCCGCUCCUGCAAACAGGACGCACCACGCUGAGGGAAGGAGUGGAGCGGCUGCUGCUGAUUGGAGGAGAGGUACAGGUGUCGGAUCGUGGAGAGGAGCUGAGCGCCAACGUUUGCCGGCUGGAUGGUGAAACAGGAAGCUGGGAGGUGGAAACGGAGCUGCCGGCCCAGCGGAGCCACCACUGCCUGGCGGUGCUGGGGGGCUUCAUCUUCACUGCCGGUGGUAGUUCGUCCAGGGACAACGGUGGAGACGCCGCCUGCAACCUGCUGUACAGAUACGACCCCCGCCACAACCAGUGGACCAGGGGUGCUCCAAUGAACCAGCGGCGAGUGGAUUUUUACUUGGGGGCAGUUGGAGAGUGCCUGAUCGCUGUGGGUGGGAGGAACGACACUGGAGCUUUGUCCUCUGUGGAGGUUUAUUGUCCCGCUGAGGACUGCUGGACCUACGUGGCAGGACUGCCCAGGUUUACUUACGGCCAUGCUGGGACCGUCCACCGUGGCAUAGUCUACAUCUCGGGCGGUCACGACUAUCAGAUCGGUCCGUAUCGCCGGGAAGUCCUGAGUUACGAUCCUUCACGGGACAGCGAUGUGUGGGUAGAAUGCCAGCCCAUGUCUCUGGCCCGGGGCUGGCACUGCAUGGCCUCCCUCAAUCACCUCAUCUACGCCAUCGGGGGCAGCGAUGACCACGAAGACACCACGGAGCGCUUCGACAUCCUGCAGGUGGAGUCCUACGACCCGCACACUGGCCAGUGGACGCGGGUGGCGCCACUGCUGCUGCCCAACAGCGAGGCGGGGCUUGCCGUUUGGGCAGGGAGGAUCUAUGUGCUGGGGGGCUACAGCUGGGAGAAUAUGGUGUUCUCCAGAGCCACUCAGGUGUUCAACCCAGACAAGGGCUCAUGGUCCAGAGGGCCAGACCUGCCGAAACGCAUUGCGGGGGCAUCGGCUUGUGUGUGUACUGUGAAGUCAACUCCAUCAUCACCCUCGUCUGAGAGGAAGAAGAUGGGACAAGGGGAGAAAGGAAUAUCACAUCCUACGUAACAACAAGCGAUGAAGGAUUUUCUGUUUGACCAGAACUACCAACAUAGACCGAGUUGACGCAAAGAAUCAUUUUCUCGGGAGCCCAGAAGGACUGCAGCGUCACACCGAUCGUGUUAAACACUGCAUCAACCAGCGCUUGUUGACAAAAACUACAUCAUAAGAUGGACCGCAUUCACAGUUUGAUUCAUUUUUGUGUUCUUGGUACAGUAGAAACAAAAAUGUGCCACAAAAGGAGGAUUAACAAAGUGUAAACCUGCAAAACGAGUGUCUACACCUGCACACAGGAAACUGGUACACCCACAAAUGUAUCAGUGGAUUUGUUUGUACAGUUCUGAUUGUUUGGAGCUGUUAAAAAAGAAUGGACAAAUCUUUUAUUUAGAAAUCUAAAACAAGGCUGUUAACAGUGGACCAACAAAUAUCUUUGUAUUUAUUUUUAAAUAUUAUUUAUUAUUUCCUUUCCUGUUAUGAUAUCAGAGCCACAGAUUGAGAUGUUUCAAAUGCCACGGGUCCUCGCAGUUACGUAGUUGACCACUAAACUACACCCCUGAACAAUGAUUGGCCAAUCAUAGCUUAAUAGUAAACGUGACCUGGCGCCAACUUGCUCUAUGGUGUUAAUACAAGAACAAGGAUUUAUUUGGUUUAUCUGGUGAAGAUGCUGGCUUUGUCUGUAGCUUACUGAGUGAAUUUCAACUGGUAAAUCUCCCACUCUUAUAAUAAACGGCUUGUAUGCUAUGUGAUCAUCAGUUGUAGAAGUUUGACCAGUGCAAAAAACACACAUUUGUCCUGCAAGAACUGUAGUUGAAUCACAUGCCGUGAAAGUUAGCCAUCCAGAAAUGUCCCCAUAAAACACAACAUCUGAAACCGUAAAGUUUGUAAAUCACCUUGGUAGUGUGGUUGAACCCGGUCCAGUCUGGCUGCUGAGCCCGGUUCUGUUGCUUGUUGUUCAGUUAGCAGCAGUUAAUUAGAGGUUAACUACUUCAGCAAAUGGGUUAGGCCCCCUGAGUGCAACUUUUUAUGGUUUAUCAGGAAAUGACAAACACUAGAAUACUGAAAACAUGACUUUGUGUCAGUGUUGGUCAAGAUACUGGAGGACAGAUGUGACAAAGAUAUGACAACAUAUUCAGAGUGUGUGUAAUGCAAGUGUAAUGUGCUCAGUAUUGGAUAACACAAUAAAAUGUCUCAUUCAUCAUUCAAUCAUU